UUUUCCUUAUAAUCCAAUAAUCAUUAAUAUAACAGUUCGAUAAUUUGUUAAAAUUACAUGAGCAAUAUUGGUCUCAUUUGAUAGAUCAUGAAAAAAAAAUACAAGAUUUAUAAAAAUCAGAUAUGAAAUAAAAAAGUUAUUACAUUUUUUAACAACCAAAAGAAUAAAAAAUAAUGCAUCCUAGUGUUAUUUUUGUUACGGAGCUUGCCAAAAAUAAAGACUGAUAUACGCUUCUCGCCUUAAUGUCGGUGAUACCGUAUAAUUUGCCUGUCAAGACCAUUCGAUUGACGACAAGAAAAUGCUGAGCUGUCAAAAACCAAACCUUUAAACACCAUUAAGUUAUGUCUGCAAUUGGAAGACCCGUCAAGACCCUACCCACACCCAACAAUGGCUUCUGCAGCCGAAAUCAUCGGCAUCAAUAUAGAAACUUUUGCUCUGUUCAUAUUACCAGUUCUACUCCUUUAUACCCUGUGGCGGCUUAACUACGGAAAUCCAAUCGAGCCAGUUAGCCCGUUACCGCCGGGACCUUUCGGUUUGCCGGUAGUCGGAUACCUGCCGUUUCUCCGACCAGAUCUUCACCACCAGUUCACAGAACUCGCCGGAAAGCACGGCCCCAUAUUCAAGCUUCAACUAGGAAGCCGGCUGUGCAUGGUGGUGAGCUCUCCGUCCCUUGUGAAAGAGAUCGUUCGCGAUCAAGAUGCAAUUUUCGGUAACCGCCACGCGACAGCGGCGGCACUGAUAGCCACGUACGGCGGCCGUGACAUCGCCUUUGCGCCCCUCGGCAAUCACUGGCGCGCAGCCCGGAAGAUUUUUGUCCGGGAGAUGCUGAGUAGCAAGAACAUCAGAGCCUGCCAUGAUCACCGGCGAGAAGAGGUAAGAAAAGCGAUCAGAAGUGUGAAGUCAAAAUCCGGUCAAGCUGUGAACGUCGGGGAAUUGGCUUCUUUGACUGAGAUGAAUGUAGUGACGAGAAUGAUUAUGGGGAGUACCUUAGGAUCUAACGAAGAAAAGCGUGAGAAAGUUGGGGAAAUGUUUAGGGAGGUGAUGCGCAAAUUUGUGGCCAUACUUGGGGAUCCUAAUAUCUCUGACUUUUUCCCAUGGCUGGAAAGGUUUGACCUGCAGAGAAUUCAGAGAAAGACGGCGGGUUGUAGGAGACAUUCUUGAACCCAUCCUUGAAGAAGGGGAAAAAUUGUUUCUGAGAAGUCUAAGAUAGGUGGGAGGAAGGAUGGAGAUGAGAAGGAUUUUAUGCAGAUUCUCUUAGAGCUGAAGGCUGGUGAAGCUGGCAAAUUCCUGGAUUUAGGUGCAAUCAAAGCCAUCUUGGAGGAUAUAGUGAUAGGGGGGACAGACACAACUGCAACGACAGUGGAGUGGGUCAUGGCAAUGCUUCUUGACGAUCUAGAGGUCAUGAAACAGGUCCAAAAUGAGUUGGAGCAGAUAGUUGGAAUGAACUCUACUGUGGAAGAACUCCAUUUACCCAAGCUUACCUACUUGGAUGCUGUUGUGAAGGAAACUUUGCGUCUGCAUCCUCCGCUCCCACUCCUCGUCCCCAGGUGUCCAACCGCAACUUCACAAGUGGGCGGCUACACAAUCCCAAAGGGCACUAGGGUCUUUCUGAAUACGUAUGCCCUGCACAGAGAUCCUCAGCUUUGGGACAAUCCGUUGAAGUUCAUGCCUGAAAGGUUCCUCUGUCCAGGCUUGGAUUACACUGGGAAUGAUUAUCGGUUUCUUCCGUUUGGGUCGGGAAGGAGAAUCUGUGCUGGGAUUCCCCUGGCUGAGAAAAUGUUGCUGUACAUUUUGGCCUCGUUGUUGCAUUCCUUCAACUGGCGGCUUUCUGAAGGGGAAAAGCUGGAUUUGUCGGAUGGGUUCGGAAUAGUCACUAGGAAGAAGACUCCUUUGAUUGCUGUCCCAACUCCGAGGUCAUCCAACUCUGAGCUUUAUUAUUAAAGCUCGAAGAAUCAUGCCUUAAUGAAAUAACUGUUAGUCUGUUACUUUCAAGUUAAACUAUGUUUACGUAUCUGAGAUUCUGAGCUUUACAAUUAAAGAUCAUUUUCUUAUUGUUAUCUCAUCUUUUGCUACAUUCCUCACACACACACACUGACACACAUGUUGUUGGGAUAUUGGGCCGCAGGCCCAGUACCUGGAUCCAAGGCCCGAGAUAUCCAGUUCGUUAGGCGGGCUCAUCAUCCAGAAAAUGAACCAGCUUUUGGGAAAAUAUGUACCGAACGAGGUUCGGAUCAAUUACCAUACUUGGGCCAAAUCAUUAAUGGGCCAGAUCAAUAAAUGACUCCAGAUCAAUGUACCGAACGGGGUUCGGGUCAACCAGUGUACUUGGGCUAGAUCAACGAAGAUUCCAACAGGGUCCACUAUCCGUUCGGGCAGCCGGUAGCCAACAAGUGGCAGAGAGCAUUUAUGGCUAAAGUAUGUCGGCAGCUAGUGGGAGCAUGGGUUCCAAGUGGCUAGAUAAAGCAACCAAUCAACAUGAAGUACCCCAUACCCCCCAUUAGUAUAAAUAGAAGGAUUAGUUUCAUUGUAAAGGGUUAGCAUUUUGAUACUCAAGCCUAGAAUAGCAUUAUCUCUCGGAUUUCUUGUAUAGUUUACCGUGUAAUAGUCAAAUUACUUAGUACAAGUGGGCUUUUGAGUAUUCGUU